AUGAAUCAAAGCCCUGGCAGCGAUUCUGAAGACUUAACCUCGUCAACAGAGGACAUAAUUUACGAACAGAACUUACCGGAACAAGAUGACGAUGAGGAGCCGGCACAAAGUCAACACAAGGAGAAAAUCAAAGCGCUCAGGUCGAAGAUUAAAGAAGACAGAAAUAACAAUUUUGUACACCUAGAACGCAACGACGACGCAUUCCUUCUCCUCUUUCUCCGAGCUCGCUAUUUCAGAGUGCCGGCAUCUUAUCAACUUCUGUGCAAUUAUAAGGAAUUCCGUGCCAAGAAUGCCUCCGUUUUUCAAAACCUCACCGCCUGGAGAUUACAUCAUGUUAUUGAGGACGGUUUUCCUUGUGUCUUACCGUACAAUAAUCAGAACGGAGCUAAAAUGAUGGUUAUAUUUGCUGGCGGGUGGGACACCGAAACUUAUGGCUCGGUAGAUAUUUUGAAAGCUUUUAUUCUAAGCAUGGAACGCUUGAUAGAGGACAAAGACGUUCAAAGAAAUGGAAUAAUAAUUAUUGCCGAUUUUUCGGGAUGGACGACCACUCACACAUCCCAAUUGUCUGUUUCUUUCAUUCGUCAAGUUUGCUGUAUGCUUCAGGUAAGGGAGCUCCGCAUAAGAUCCUCUAUAAUCGGUUUCUUUAUGAUGUUUCUCCUUGUAUAAGUUUAGUAGUAGAACGAUCGAGAAGAAACGGAAAAAGAAUAAUCAAUCACGUUUACCGAAUAUUUCUGCUUUGAUGGGCACCUUAAUUACUAUUGUUUCUGUGAAAGGAUAGCAUAUAUAUAAAUGUCAAAAAUUGUGAAAGGAUUAUGUUAUCCGGAUUUUUGUAAUUUAGUUACAAUUUCAUUGUUGACGAACCUCUGUAAAUACUUCAAUGCUGCUAAAUGUUCUUAAAUUGUUUUAAUUAAGCGUUAAUUUGUCCAGCAACUGCAGCCUUAGGGACUCUGAAGGUAGUUCUGACUCGAUGACUCUGCAAUGUACGGAACGAACCGGGUCUGAAACUUAGUAGGGCGCGGCCUACACUUGCAGUGUGAUCUGUGUUUAAAAAAAGCCCAUUGACUCCAAAUUAAAGAAACAAAGAAGAUGUUUUUAAACAGGGUGUUAUAUUUGGGCCACAAAAAUGUUCUCUUGUCUUCACAGGUAGCCCCAGCUCGAAAUCUAAGCAUCGGCGAACAUCGACAUUGUUGCAUAACAUUCGAAAUAUAAGGAUUUAUAAGGGAAAAAACCCAUCGUUUCCGUAACCUACGAAAAUGAAAGGAUUUCAAUAAAAAACAGCUUACCUUACAUAAAAUGUGUGUUACAUGUCUCCUGUGUGGUCCAUGGGCCGAUUUAUGGCCGUUUUAUCAGGGUUGUACUGUAAACGGUUUUCUUUCUGUAUAAAGGUUUAAAGGUUUAGAGAGAAAACCGCUGUUUACAGUACAACCCAUAAAACGGCCAUAAAUCGGCCCACACACAGGAGAGACAGUAACACACAUUUUAUGUAAGGUAAGCUGUUUUUUAUUGAAAUCCUUUCAUUUUCGUCUGUUACUGAAACGAUAGGUUUUUUUUCCCAUACAAAUCCUUAUAUUUCGAAUGUUACGCAACAAUGUCGAUGUUCGCCAAUGCUCAUAUUUCUAGCUUGGGCUACCUGUGUUGUCUUAAACAGGGUAGCGAGAUUUUCAAAAAAGUCAUGGUUUGGGGGCACCAAACUUCCCUUCAAUCCCGCCUCCUCCACCCCCCUCCGGGUUCGCAGUAAGAGCCCUGACCUUGCAGCAGUCACUAUAGUUACCCGUUUCUUACGUAACUAUCCAUUGCCCUAUUCAUACCAAAAUAAUAAAACAGAAAAAAUAAAAGCACAAGUUAAACCUUAUUCAUUCGAUCAGCGGCAAUUUUUCUUUUUUGGAUUUCAUCUUGUAAAAGGAGUUCGCGGCGGUUGUAUCGCACUUUAAAAAUGCUUGCUCGUUUGAGUUUUUCUAUGGAGGGAUUUUCCAUAUCAAUUCUUGUCAUUUGCUGGCUAAUUUAAAGCCAAACACACAAUGUUAAGAAGCGUCCACAGAUAAGCAAAAAGCCAAUCUCUCAAGGACGUCUCGCAUCGGGAGUCUGGGUGCGAUAUGAGCCGAGAGCCCUGAAGCUUGGAGGGUUGGGUAUCCUGUUUAACUUGACAAAAUCUGUAGAUUUUGAUGAUUCGGAAGGGAAGCGAGAGGAAUUUUGUUCAGGUCUGGGCUGGCGUUCUAUUAAUAAGGGAAUUUUUGUCCCUGGUGUUAUUUGCUGGUGCUGACGUCGUUCUCUUAGCUUUUCGCUAGGACAUUGAACCACAUGUCUAUUAAGUAAAUAAUUUUCUGUCCUUAAUUUUGUAGGAUCACUACCCAGCAAGGUUUCUUGGUUUCCAUUUUGUGAACGAGCCCUGGUAUGUGAGAGCUGUUCUGACUUUACUGAAACCAUUUAUUGAAACAAAGAUCUGGAAACGGGUGAGUAACAACUCUAUGGCGAUACGCGCUAGGAACAAAUCCUUUUCAUUAAAGUAAUCUUUUCUCAAAGGGCUAAGCCUGCGAAUAGGUGUGUUCGAAGCAUAUGACUGACUGGCAAUAACUCUCACUAGGAUACCUAGAACAAAAAGAUUUUUAAAUAAAUAUUGGGGUCUUCUUGUGCCUUAACGUUUAUUUAUCUUCACUUGUCACGUGAACAAAAAUUGAAAAUGAAGGACAUUGGCGAAUUGGCGGCGAAUUUACUUUGUUUGGUUAAAUAAAUUGGCAUUUCUGAUAGAGGAUAAACAUACCCAACUUUCUACGUUUGGAAUGAAUGUACGCGUAGUGCAAAUUUAAAGUUUUGAAUAAUUCAAGGUUAGAUUUGGGCAUUUAAAAUGAUGUUUUCCCUCAUAAUGUUUUUAUUGAAGUGCAAUGGACAGUCAUUCCAAAGGUAAAGUGUUAGAAAUUAAUAUUUAAUAUGAAUCAGAAAAUUGUUAUUGCUUGAUUUCUUUUCUUAAACCCGUCACUUAUUUGUCAAUUGUUUAAGAUUUUUUUUUUGAUCAAUCGUCACGUGAUAAAUCAGGUCACUUAUUAACACGAUAUUUAUACUUUAAAAUGUUAGGGGCGACGAGUUUUUCAUGCCAAAUUUUUAUCGAAAUUUUGCAGUUAGUACGCAGCUCUUGAAAACCUCUUUGGAUGGAGUCAUUGUGAUAUUUCUUUGUCUAUUGUUUUCACUGUGAGGCCUUGUAAAAAUAAUUUUUGAACCGCAUCGAACAGCUAAGGGACUUUGACUAUGCCAAGCUAAGGGAUAAAGAGAAUGGUUUUUUUUUUUGCUGGAACGGGAAAAAAGAAUUUUGCUGUCAACGUGUGUUUCAAACUCUCUGAGGGUCAUACAGGGGUAUUCCCGUGAUGCGUGACUAGCUGAUUUUUAUUUUCCGUCAAACGUGAAUUUAAUAAAUUAUUCUUCGUGAUCCGUGAUCUGAAGGUUUUGGGUGACCCGUGAAGAACUUGAAUUAUAAACCUAUGUUCUUGAUUUCACCACUCUAUUUGGCGUGAUUUUGAGAUGCACUUUCGAAACCAUAUUCUAUUAAAUUGAGGAGCUGUCCACACUCGUACCCCGGAAUCAGUGCCUUGGCAAAGGAACAUAAUAGCCUUGUGUUCACACCUUGAGUAUCCUAUAUGUGACUGUGUACAUAGUUACUCCAUUUCGGCCUGUCAGACGUCAUUUUGAAACUUGAGCUUAGCAGCGAGUACUAAGCAGUGGGCUGCCCCAGAACUAACGGUGUGUACACAGGGACGCGGUGUCCUGUUUUGUGCCCGAGUACAAGGACUCGACAUUGUAUCCGGGCAUCGACACUGUGCCAAAAUUCUAGCUCGGGUCUAUUAAAAACGGUGUGUUCACAUUAGUGCAUAGCGACUACCGUUACUCGGCCACUGUGCCCGGGUACCAACUGUGAACGCUGCCUAUGUUUUAGACCAAAAGAUGUUCCGAGGACAGUGGACGAUAAUGAACAAUUGCCUCUAGAUAGUCGCAAAGUUGUUGAAAAACCGAUGCAUUAAUGCCAUUACACCUGCAAUACACCGGCACAGUUUUUGCAGGAUAGCCGGCUGGCCAUGAACUGUCGUUUCGCACACUUAUAGUAAACUUACGCAACAGAACGGAAGAAAAACGACGACGGAGAAACGUUUACGCGUUACGAACGUGACAGGACUAUUACGUGCGUGUUUUGUCGUGAUCUUUACUUGAUGUUACUGUGUUCUGGUAUUUUACAAAAAGGUCUUGAGUUUGUCCCAUAAGGUUUGCCGUCUUCUUUCCUCUGCCGUCCUAGUGGACGAGCGAAAAAAGCGACUAGCGCCUGGGCGUCCUGAAAAAACCGUUUCUCGUGUCAAAAUGUCAAAAGGUGCGGUGUAGGAGAGUUUCACUCGCUUGACAUGUGUGUUAGACUUUGCGCGCGCGAAGCCAAAUGAUUGACAUAAGUGUUAAAGUAAACUCACACAAUUGACCAAUCAUAGGGUAUACCAGGAGCUGGUAUACCAAAAUGAGCUACUGAAAACAAUGCUUACAGGGUCCACCACUCCGUCUCUCCCCAGCCCCCUCGCAGUUUUCGCGCAACUUUUCUCGAUCCACUUUCCCCACUAUCUUGGAGCCAGCCGGAACAGACUACUGCCGUCCUAUUGCGUAAGAUCUAUUAUGAGAUAAGACUUUACUCUGUCAGUCAAUAUUCUGCCAAAAGUGGAAAAUUCUUCACGCGCUAUCUUUUCUUUACUUUUUGCCUUUUUCAAAUUUCAGAUUCACGUGCAUGGAAACAACAUGGCAAGUCUUCACGAUCAUUGUGAUCAAGAAAAGCUGCCAGCGGAAUUCGGGGGAAAUAAACCGUCGGUGAACCGUGAAUACUGGGCACGAGUGCUCCUUGAUUCUGAGAGGUCAAGCAGAGAUCACGUGUAUGGCGAGAAUCCAUUUAAGUGCUUACUCGAUUCAAAUCAAUCUGAAUAUGACUGGGGAACUGAAGAGAUCCCUCAUGUCAUUACAACGUGA